CGCGAACCGGAGACGAAGAGGACCACGCGGCGGGACCGUCGCCCUCCGACUCCGACUCCGACUCCGAGUCAGCUCAGCUCGUCUUUUCCCCGGCGUCGCCGUUAAGGAUUCUCCCAACCACCAACGCAGGCUGGAGCGACGUGCAGCGAGAACACACACAUGGGUGCGAGGAGACUGAAGGAUGCUGCCAGUUUGCAAAUCUCCAAAUAGUUGGUUUCUGAGCAACAGCAACACGCCCCAAGAGGACGAUGAGACGAUGAGCGCCGAGCAGCGAGACUCGACCGGCGCCCCCAAACCGGACUCGGCCUCCCUUUACGACCGCUUGGCCAUCGCCUCCGUCUCCUCCCGGCUCGGUACGCGGAGUUCGGAGGGGGACCGGGAAAGCGAGCCGGAUGAGCGUUCCCGCCCCGACCUGAGCUACCGUUCCUUCCCGCCGGCUCCGUUCCCGAGCCUGGCGGACGGCAGCCGGCCGGCGGGCUUCUCCGCGGACCGGUCGGUAUAUCUCUGCAGCGGCGCCCCGUCCGGGUCGGACGGCCAAGAACUCUGCGGCUGCUGCGCCCGGAGCUUCCGGUCCGCGUCGAGCCUGGAGCAGCCGUGCUCGCUGCGCUCCGAGGAGCCCAGCCGGCACCACACGCUGCCGCCCUACGUGUGCUCGCCCCCGGGCGCCGCCUGCUGGGCCCGGUGUCCCGCCGACGAGCCGCCGUGGCCUCGGAGCCGAGUGGCUCACCCGCCGCGGCGCUGUGAGUCUGGACCUGUCGUUGCUGCACCGUUGCGGCGCUGUUCUCAACUUUGCUUGUGUCGUCCGCACGCAGGUGACUGCAGACCUCCCUGGGGCCGAUUCACUUCAACGGGCCGCAGCAUUCCGGCCGCCGAGAAGCCGCCGACGCACAGCAUGCCGUUGUCCCUGGAGCAGAGGAGGGUCUUCGUCACGUACGAGGCGGACGACGACGCGCACGUCAACGAGAUCAUCAAGUUCGUCGCUCUGCUGCGACACAACGGCUUCGACACGCACAUCGACAUCUUCGAGCAGCAGUUUCGCAGCAUCAGCAAGAUCGACUUCAUGGAGCGCUACCUCAGCGAGGUAAAAAGCCGCAGCUGCCCCUUGGAGGGGGGGGGGGAGCGCAAACUGACCCGCUGGCGUGCAUCCCCUCAGAAGGAAUACCUGAUCAUCAUCAUCAUCAGCCCCAAGUACCACGAGACGGUCACCGCCUCCCACGUCGGCGCAGACAACGACGAGAGGACCUGCAACACCGUCUACAUCCACAAACAGCUCCAGAAUGAGUUCAUUCAGAACGGAAGCAAGAAUUUCCGCUUCAUACCCAUUUUGUUCCCCGGGGCUAAAAAGUCUCACGUUCCAAACUGGUUGCUGAACACACACGUGUACAGUUGGCCGCGCGACCGCGACGACAUCCUGCGACGGUUGAUGAGGGUUGAGAAGUACAACCCGCCACCCGUCGGAGAACUCCCCACCAUCGUCUCCAUCCCAAUAUAAACUUUUUCAUAUUUCUCGUGAACCAUCUAAGUGGCACGGUACUUCUGGGUGGCAGAAAGGGAUUGACUACUGCUGACUUCAACUUGAAAAUGAUGACAAAAAAAUGUGUAUGGGGGGGGGGAGGGGCUGGGGGGGGCUUCUUUUUGACUGGUGUGUCACAUGAGUCAAGCCGUUUCCUCUAUUUUCUCAACAGCUCUGCCUUGGUCAAAUGACACAAAAGUUUGUUUACGAGUUGUUGCCACCCGGAAGGUACGUGUGACAUCAUGGCGAAAAGGUCUAGAACAUUGCGGUCGGACAUCCACGCGUAUCGGUGAACAUCACGACCGCUGGAUUUCAGUAAUCGUGAACGGAACGUCAAUCUCAUCAUAGUUUUUGAUUUAAAAAAAAUAAAAUAAAAAAUUGAAAUGUU